CUCUUGUUAGAAUCGCUUUGUACAGAGGGGUAUGCAUUCAUCAGCAGGUUGCAGUUCUCACGCUGUCCCUUUAAGAAGCCAGUCCAGCUGUCAUUGGAGUGAUUGUCUGAGCUUAAACUCCUCUGGUGGAGGGGCUUAUGCAGCGUUUCAGUAGGAUCCAAUCGGGCAAGUAGCGGCUCCUGCCAGAGUCCCGUCAGCAACAUCGGCAUGGGAGAACUCCUACAGAUGGGGGACAUGCUCACUGAAAACUGCAGAAAGUUUUAAGGCUGGGAAAUGAACGAAAUGGCAGAACCAGCAACUAUAACCAGACCCCUGAUAUCCUCCAAGCGACAUAAGAGCAUAAGAAAAAAUUCCAGAAGGAUUUAUUCGCCAUAUCAAGACGAUAAUGGACCAUCUGAUGAUGAGGAUAAGGAUGGAGAAAGAGUGGACAGUAAUGAUCCAGAGGAGUCAUUUCAGAACAUUCAGCAUCAGAAGGAAAUCAUCGCCAACAUCCGAACUAAACCCUGGCCAAUGAGACGCAAGCUAAAAGUGCUCAAGCAAGCCAGAGAGAUUGUUCUGAAAUAUGAGGGCAGACUGACUAGGACAAGAGGUUACCAGGCAGCCGGGGCAGAGUUGCUGAAGAAGAUUUCUAGAGUCUUCUACAACAUUGUUGUCUUGUUCAUUCCCUGGGAGAUGAGGAUCAAAAAGAUUGAGAGUCACUUUGGAUCAGGUGUGGCCUCUUAUUUCAUAUUCCUGCGAUGGCUAUUUGGGAUCAAUAUAGUUCUCACUAUUAUGACUGGAGCCUUUAUCGUGCUGCCUGAGCUCCUGGCUGGCGCUCCAUUUGGUACAACCCGCAGCAAGACCAUCCCCAAGGAGCACCUUGCCUCCGCACAAGACCUGGACACCAUCUGGUCGCUGGGGGCAAGACUAUCAUCUCUCGUUUUUACUGCUUUACAAAUAUGA